AUGACCGCCCUCUUACCACCCCCACCACCACCACUGAAGUUGAUGACCCCCUCUUACCCCCCUACCACCACCACAGAAGUUGAUGACCGCCCUCUUACCACCCCCCCACCACCACCACUGAAGUUGAUGACCGCCCUCUUACCACCCCUACCACCACCACAGAAGUUGAUGACCGCCCUCUUACCACCCCCACCACCACCACUGAAGUUGAUGACCGCCCUCUUACCACCCCUACCACCACCACAGAAGUUGAUGACCGCCCUCUUACCACCCCCCACCACUGAAGUUGAUGACCGCCCUCUUACCACCCCCACCACCACCACAGAAGUUGAUGACCGCUUCUUCUUACCACCCCCACCACCACCACUGAAGUUGAUGACCGCCCUCUUACCACCCCCACCACCACCACUGGAGUUGAUGACCGCCCUCUUACCACCCCCCUACCACCACCACAGAAGUUGA